AUGACAUCUCUGGAUUUAAGACAACAAAAGCUCGAACAACAGAGACAAUUAAUUGCACAAAAGAUGAAACAAAAAAGACAAAGUGGUGCUGGUGGAAUGGUACAGGCAUCCAACAUAUCGACUACUCAGCUUACAAGUCAUUCUACAAAAUGGAUGAAUCCAAAUAAAGAGAUUCGAGGAUACGAUGGGCCGUUACAGUUUAAUAUAUCACAAACAAAUCCUGAUCUAAAUACAUUCAAAACCAUGGAAGCUACUGACUGUGCAGAUGAAGAAUCAUCACCUAUAGACAUUCAUUCACCUGCAGAAUCUAUACCAUGUCCUUCACCCCUUAGAGUAGCUCCAUCAGAUGGUGCUAACUUGCUUAUCAGUAGAGAAAAUAAUUCCUCAAGUCCAGAAUUAGAGGGAAACGUGGAAGGAAAUAUCGAGCAUUUUGUAUUGCAACCAGCGAAUAAAAAAAUGCAUUACAAAUGUAGAAUAACGCGUGAUAGAAAAGGUAUGGAUCGUGGUCUGUAUCCGACUUAUUUUUUACACUUAGAACGUGAUUACGGUAAAAAGAUUUUCUUAUUGGCUGGCCGUAAGAGAAAAAAAAGUACAACAAGCAAUUAUUUAAUUUCUACGGAUCCCACGGAUCUUUCAAGAGCAGGAGAAUCCUAUAUUGGAAAAUUAAGAUCGAAUCUUCUGGGUACGCAAUUUACCGUUUACGAUAAUGGGUAUUCGCUGAUGAAAGACGACAAGCGAGACGAUCGUUUUAAUCCACGACAAGAGUUAGCCGCAGUGAUAUACGACACCAACGUUUUAGGAUUUAAAGGACCACGUAAAAUGACUGUCAUUAUUCCUGGAAUGACAUCAGAUCAGAAAAGAGUUGAAAUUUGUCCGCGAGAUGAUUCAGAAACAUUACUUGAACGAUGGAAAACAAAAAAUAUGGACAAUUUAAUAGAAUUACAUAAUAAGACUCCUGUUUGGAAUGACGACUCACAAUCAUAUGUACUUAAUUUCCAUGGACGUGUAACGCAAGCUUCUGUGAAGAAUUUUCAAGUGGUACACGAUAGCGAUGUUGAUUACGUUGUUAUGCAAUUUGGACGUGUGGCGGAAGACGUUUUCACAAUGGAUUACAGAUUUCCAUUGUGCACGCUUCAAGCAUUUGCUAUUGCUUUAAGCAGUUUUGAUAGUAAGUUAGCCUGUGAAUAA